GUGCCGAAGCUGAACGAAAUUCGCGCCCUUGCCGCAAGCGUCAGGACAUCCAGUGUUAUCAUGGCUCGCCCACAACAGAAGUCGACGUUGAAUGUGGCUAUGGGCUGCAUGACCUUCGGAAGAGCGGGCAUAGAUGAGGCUCGCGUACAUACUAUCGAGGACAUUGGCAAGAUCCUAGACGUCUUUCAGGCGCAUGGUCAUCGCGAGCUCGACACCGCGCGGAGCUACACGAAGGGCACGAGCGAAGAGAUGCUCGGCGAGCUUGGCUGGCAGAAACGCAACCUGAUCGUUGCGUCGAAACUCUACCCUAACGUCGUGGAUACGCGCUACUCGCAGCCUGGUGCACCCAAGAUCUCGCACGGGCCAGAGGAUCUCCGCAAGUGGCUGGACGUCACUCUGAAGGCUCUGCAGACCGACUCAAUCGACCUGUGGUACCUGCACGCGCCGGACCGGUCGACGCCAUACGAGGUGACGCUGCAGGCAAUCGACACGCUGCACAAGGAGGGCAAGUUCCACCGCUGGGGGCUGAGCAAUUACUUUGCGUGGGAGGUUGCCGAGAUUGUGCAUAUCUGCCGUACGAAGGGCUAUGUCCAGCCCGCAGUGUAUGAAGGCAUCUACAACGCCGUCCACCGUCAAGUCGAGCCGGAGCUCUUCCCCUGUCUGCGGAAGUAUGGGAUCGCCUUCUAUGCGUACAACCCGCUGGGAGGCGGUUUCUUCACCGGCAGGUACCGGUCGAUGGAGGACAAGCCCGAGGAGGGCUCGCGUUUCGAUCCCGAGAAGAACCAGGGACGGAACUACCGCAAGCGAUACUGGAACGAGCCGUACUUCAAGGUGCUGGGCAACAUUGAGGAAGUCGCAAAGAAGCACGAGCUUUCGCUUGGCGAAGUCGCCCUUCGCUGGCUUUCACAUCACAGUCAGCUCAAACGCGAGCAUGGCGACACAGUCAUUAUCGGCGCGUCAAGCAUGAACCAUAUCGAGCAGAACCUCGCAGAUCUGGAGAAGGGCCCUUUGCCGGAAGAUGUCGUUCGUGUUCUCGACGAGUCUUGGGUGUCCGUCAAGGGCUUGGCUAGCAACUACUUCCGGUGAAGCGUCGACUGUAUGUUCAGUAUUCGAUUCCAUACAAUGUCCCUCGAGAUGUACAAUAGAAUACGCGGCUACCGCCUGCAUUCAAAGAUACUUGAUUUCAUC